UCUGAAGACCUCACCAAGCACGCGAGUGUAACAUGUUUCAAUUCAUACCCAUCAUGAAUCGAGUGUUUCAUCAUCACAUUCUUCGAUCCCUCGUUGCCUUCUUCCCACACAUCCGGUUCCAAUCCCACGGUCUACUCUCCAAGGCCUUCUCCCGUAUCCCAACAAGGCAUCAACCCCACCGCCACCACAACUACAACGACAACGACAACGGCAACGGCGAUCCGAAGAAUCAGAAGCCGUGGAAUGAAGCCUUCGGCAGCCGCUUCCAGCUCCACAAGAGCCGUGGCCAGCACCUCCUCACCAACCCCCGCAUCCUUGAUUCCAUCGUCCGCCGAGCCAACAUCUACCCCGAUGACACCGUUCUCGAGAUCGGCCCCGGCACCGGAAACCUCACCGUCAGACUCCUCCAAUACGCCAGCAAAGUCAUCGCCGUCGAGAUUGAUCACAGGAUGGUUGACUCUCUUCUCGGCCGUGUCUCUCAACUCGGCCUUGCCGACCGUCUCACGGUGAUCAAGGAGAACGCAUUGAUGACAAAGCUGCCACCUUUCGACCUCUGCGUAGCAAACAUUCCAUAUGGUAUCUCUUCUCCUCUCAUUGCCAAGCUGUUGUUUGAGACUCGGCCGCCAUGUUUUCGCACCGCAACGCUACUGCUGCAGAAGGAGUUUGCUCGCCGUCUUCUUGCAAUGCCUGGCGACUCAGACUACAACAGAUUGGCUGUGAAUGUUGGGUUGGUGGCUAAUGUGGAGUUCCUCAUGGAUGUGAGCAAGAAAGACUUUGUUCCAUCCCCCAAAGUGGAUUCUACUCUUGUUAAGAUUAGGCCUAGAGAUGAAGUUCCAGUUGUGGACUUGGAUGAAUGGCAGGCUUUCAUAAGGACUUGUUUUAGUAAAAGGAAUAAGACUCUGGGUGCCAUUUUUAAGCAAAAGAAGAAGAUUGCUGAGUUGUUGGAGAGGUUGAAGAAGAAGAAAGAAAAAGAAGAAGAAGAAGAAGAUGAUGAUGAUGAUGAUUGUGAAAAUGGGGAAGCAGAAGUGGGAGGUGAUGGUUUGGAAGUUGGUUUGUUUAAAGAGAGGGUGAUUGGGAUAUUGAAGUCAGGGGGUUUGGAGGAAAAGAGGCCUUCCAAGUUAUCUAAUGAAGAGCUCUUGCAUUUGUUGCAGCUCUUCAACAAAGAAGGUAUUGUGUUUCACUAGUUGGUUUGAAUCUAAAUCAUCUUUAGUUAGGUAUUUGGUUUGUAGAAUUUGGAGCGCAUAUAUUUCUGAAUCUAGCUAUGAUGUUAUCUUUUAAGCUAUGAUGAUUGGGAGCUAUGACUCUUAAAAUUUACUCCUGCUUCUUGUAACCUUUUCUGUGACA